GCUCCGCUUCCUUAGGCAUCGCGAGGAGCGACAGCGGAGAGGAGAUGAUGAUGAUGGCGGAGCUGGUGCAGGCACAGGGACAGGCCUCGGUGGCUCAUCCUGGCAUGAAAGCAGAUGGCUUCGCCGACAGUUUGCACCGGGCUCGACAGAUUGCAGCAAAAAUGGGGGCUGAUGGCCAUAUGAACAACUCGUCAGUAGUGGAUCCUUCCCUCUAUGGCUAUGGAGGUCAGAAGCGGUCCUUGGAAGAAGGAGUAGGUAACCAGCUUGGAGCCAUGGUACAUCAAAGGGCUAUAAUAACAGAAGACUUCAAAGUGCCUGACAAAAUGGUUGGCUUCAUUAUAGGCAGAGGAGGGGAGCAGAUAACAAGAAUUCAGCUAGAAUCAGGCUGCAAGAUUCAAAUUGCAGCAGACAGUGGCGGUAUGUUGGAGCGGCCAUGUACUCUGACUGGAACCCCCGAGAGCAUUGAGCAGGCCAAGAGGCUACUGGGACAGAUCGUGGAACGGUGCCGGAAUGGGCCAGGGUUCCACAGUGAUAUGGACAGUAACAGUGCUGUCCAAGAGAUGCUCAUUCCUGCAAGUAAAGUUGGCCUGGUUAUUGGGAAGGGAGGAGACACCAUAAAGCAGCUGCAGGAAAGAACAGGGGUCAAGAUGAUGAUGAUCCAAGAUGGGCCAAUGCCUACUGGAGCAGACAAACCCCUGAGAAUCACUGGGGACCCCUACAAGGUCCAGCAAGCUCGGGAGCUCGUGGUGGAAAUAAUCAGGGAUAAGGAUCAGGGAGACUUCCGCUUGGGCAGGAGUGACUUUGCAUCCAGGCUGGGGGGGAACAGCUUGGACGUGGCUGUACCACGUUUUGCAGUUGGGAUUGUCAUUGGUAGGAAUGGUGAGAUGAUCAAGAAGAUCCAGAAUGAUGCUGGUGUGAGGAUCCAGUUUAAACCAGAUGAUGGUGUCAGUGCAGACCGGAUUGCCCAGGUGAUGGGCCAGCCAGAUCGAUGCCAGCAUGCAGUUCACCUCAUCAAUGAGCUUGUUCACACAGCACAGGAGCGUGAUGGAUUUGGAGGUGCAGGAGGCCCUCGAGUAAGAGUCAGAGGUCGUGGGGAAUGGAACCUGGGGACACCAGCUGGGUUGCAGGAAGUGACAUACACAAUACCUGCUGACAAAUGCGGUCUUGUGAUUGGAAAGGGUGGGGAGACGAUAAAGAACAUCAACCAGCAGUCAGGAGCCCAUGUGGAGCUGCAGAGGAACCCUCCACCCAAUACGGAUCCCAGCGUUCGAAUUUUCUCCAUCAGAGGCACCCUGCAGCAGACGGAGCUUGCCCGGCAACUCAUUGAUGAUAAGAUUGGAGGCUCAGGCAUAGGGCCAAGCAGUAGUUUUGGACUGAACCCUUUCACUCAAGGUCCAAGUACUCCGCAUCAAAAUGGCCCUCAAACUUUUAUGACUGGAGGAUGGGGAUCCACGUACCAGACUUGGCAGCCACAGGGACAGCAGGACCCCAGUCACAAUGGAUCCCAGGCUGGCCAGAUGGACUAUUCCAAAGCAUGGGAGCAGUAUUAUAAAAAGCUAGGUCAGCAGGGUCAGGUGCAGAGCUCUGGUCCUGACUACAGCAAGGCCUGGGAAGAGUACUACAAGAAGCAGAGCCAUGCUGCCGGCCCAGCAUCCCAGCAGAGCUCAACCCCAGACUACACCGCAGCCUGGGCUGAGUAUUACAGACAACAUGGGUACUAUGGACAGGGGGGUCAGCAGACACAGGCCCCAGGUCUUCAGGAACAUUAAAAUGGAUCUUUUUUUGUUGAAGAUGUUGGAAUCAGUGACAGAAUGAAAAUAAACCUUUUUAUAAAUGAGGUUUCCAGAUUUGCAACGCCUUCAAGACUAUUUUUUCUUAGUGCAAAACACUAGCUAUAGAAUGAUUUAUACAAUUUAAACAAUAUUUCUAAACCAGGAACUCUUAACACCUGUGGAUACAAUUAGUUUUGGAUGGACAAUACCCACAAUUCCUUUUGGAUUUGAGCUUUUUUUAAUGUUCUAAAGUUUAAAAUAUGUAAUGUCCUCUGGAUUUGUAAUGUUUCAACUAAACAUGAUAUAAUUUGUUUGUUUUAUUGCAAUAAAAUGGUUAUGGGCUUAGCAGUCUUGAGUAAUCUUCCUGUAUUUGUCAUGAAAAGUUUUAGUAAUGUGCUCUCCUUACUUAAUUUUUACAAAAGAUUUUAAUUCUGAGACGAAACUGUGAUAUUUUGUUACAAUUUUUUGUUACAUAAUAUCAGGAUAGGUAUUGGCAAAUGUCAGUUCUUGAUGUAAUUCCUGUUUUACUUUUUAUUCUAUAUGUCAUUGUAUUGAACUCUGAUAUAGGUGCAAUAUCAUUUCAGUUUUAGAACAAAGAUGGGCUCUAAUAUUUUAACAUUUAACUUAUAGCUAGAUUUAAAUUGUAUUGUUAAGUAACUGAAGAUAUGAGAAAUAUAUUUUUAUUACAGUGAUCUGAUAUGGGAUAAAAGGGGUCUUG